CUUCUGUCCUUUGUGUUAUAGGCUGCGACCUCUCGUUCCCUAGCAAUAAACUUGUGUCUGGAGAUCACUGUAAAAUUUUAGUGGAUGAAAAGUCUGGUCAGGUUAUGCUGGAAGACACCAGUACCAAUGGAACAGUAAUCAAUAAGCUGAAGGUUGUUAAAAAACAGACUUGUCCUCUACAGUCUGGGGAUGUCAUCUAUUUAGUGUACAGGAAGAAUGAGCCGGAACACAAUGUGGCAUACCUCUAUGAAUCUUUAAAUGAAAAGCAAGGCAUUACUCAAGAAUCCUUUGAAGCCAAUAAAGAAAAUGUGUUCCAUGUGACCAAAGAUACCUCAGCUCCAGGGUUGGGUGAUGAGUCCCAGAAUAUACCAUUGUUGCCUGCCGCUCAGGUGUGCGUGGAGGAAGCCCAGCCAUCGACAUCCACAUCAGACCUCUUCCCCAUGGCCUCUACCUCGUCCACAGAGCUGACUCCCACAGGGUCUGGGGAUGUAGGUAUCUCCUCAAAAGGAUAUGACCCAGUUUUGGCCAGUGACGAACUCUCCAACCUUGUUCCAGCUCUCCCAAACAGAGAAGAAGCACCCUUUCCCUUAUUGGAACCCCAGGACCAGGAGAAUUUGGAGCCUGUUAAAAAGAAGAUAAAAGGAGAUGGGGAGCUUGAAUUGAACCUUCAAUUGGUUGCUGAUCAGUGUAGAAAUACCCAAACCAUCCGUGAGGAUGUCAGAAUUGCCUCUGUGAAGCCUGACAAGAUGGAGGAGACACUCACCUGUAUCAUCUGCCAAGACCUGCUACAUGACUGUGUGAGUUUGCAGCCCUGCAUGCACACAUUCUGUGCAGCUUGCUACUCUGGCUGGAUGGAACGUUCGUCUUUGUGCCCCACCUGCCGCUGUCCAGUGGAACGAAUCUGUAAAAACCACAUCCUGAACAACCUUGUAGAAGCUUACCUUGUCCAACACCCAGAUAAGAGUCGCAGUGAAGAAGAUGUGAGAAGUAUGGACGCCAGGAAUAAGAUCACUCAAGACAUGCUUCAGCCAAAAGUCAGGAGAUCAUUCUCUGAUGAAGAAGGGAGUUCAGAGGACCUGCUAGAGCUGUCAGAUGUUGACAGUGAAUCCUCAGACAUAAGUCAGCCAUAUAUCGUGUGCAGACAGUGUCCUGAGUUCAGAAGACAAGCUGUGCAUCCCCUUCCCUGCCCAGCACUGGACAGUGAGCUGAGGUCCCCUCAGGCCUUUGGGGGUGACACACCAUCAACUUCUACCAGCUUCCCAACAGCCCAGGACUAUGUGUGCCCUGCGCAAGGAAGCCAUGCCAUAUGCUCCUGCUGUUUCCAGCCCAUGCCUGACCGGAGAGCUGAACGGGAGCAGGACCCCCGUCUGGCCCCUCAGCAGUGUACAGUGUGCCUACAGCCCUUCUGCCACCUGUACUGGGGUUGCCGCCGGAGUGGCUGUUCUGGCUGUCUUGCUCCAUUCUGUGAGCUCAACCUGGGGGACAAGUGUCUGGAUGGAGUGCUGAACAACAACAACUACGAGUCAGACAUUCUGAAGGUACGGCAGGUGCCACCUUCCAUCUCCCCUGGGGUCAACGGUGAUGCAGUGAAAUUCAUUAUCAGGUUUAGGACAAAAAGUUGAGCUCCAGUGGUCCCUGAAGGCUAGG